CCUCCCGGGACAGCUCCACAGAGGCACGGAGGAGGUCCACGGAGGUCCACGGAGGUCCACGGAGAGCCAGAAUGACACCGGGGCUUCGGAUAAACCUCGUGCCAAACUUAUAACGUGGAGAAAAGUUACGCAAAUUACGCAAAAAAAAAAAAAAAAAAAAAUGAGUGGGGGACGCAGAGCUGCACCUGGACGCGGGGAGGACUUCACCUUCGUCAGCCCCGUGGUCAAAUACCUGCUUUUCCUGUUCAACUUUCUGUUCUGGGUCAUUUCUCUGCUGAUGGUGGCGAUCGGAGUUUACGCUCGGAUGAUGAAACACACAGAGGCGGCGUUGGCGUGCUUGGCGGUGGACCCUGCGGUGAUGCUGAUGGUGGUGGGGGUGCUGAUGUUCUUCAUCACGUUCUGUGGAUGUGUGGGGUCCCUCAGGGAGAACAUCUGCCUCCUGCAAACAUUCUGUAUUUGUCUGACCGUCAUUUUCCUGCUCCAGCUCACGGCCGGAAUCCUGGGCUUCAUCUUCUCUGAUAAGGCUCGAGACAAAGUGACAGAGAUGAUCAAUAAAGCCAUCACCCACUACAGGGACGACAUCGACCUGCAGAACCUCAUCGACUUUGGGCAGAGAGAGUUCGGCUGCUGUGGGGGCGUGGCCUACACAGACUGGUCCAAGAACAUGUACUUCAACUGUAGAGACGACAACCCCAGUCGAGAACGCUGCUCUGUGCCGUUCUCCUGCUGCCUCCUCACCAAAGAGAAGGACGUCAUAAACACCAUGUGUGGUCAGAACAUGCAGGAGCUGGACUAUCUGGAGGCCGGAGACGUCAUCCACACCAACGGCUGCAUCGACAAACUCGUCGACUGGAUCCACGGCAACAUGUUCAUCCUGGGGGGCGUCGCCCUGGGGCUCGCCAUCCCACAGUUGGUGGGGAUUCUUCUCUCUCAGAUUCUCAUCAACCAAAUCAAAGAUCAGAUCGAGCUCCAAAAGUACAACGUCCAGCACCGAACUGACCCCUGGAGCUGAACACGCUGACCCCUGACCCCUGGAGUUCAGGGGUCAGGACGACGCGACACAAACAUCUCAGACUCUACUGUUUGUUUGCUGGAGUAAAAUGGCGCCCUCUGCUGGACAAUGAGCUGCAGUUACAAAAAUAUUUUCUUACAGUGAGUUUUCCAACACUUUUAUAAAAGGAAGAACUCGACUGUGUUACACAAGUAAAAGUACAGACACUGGAGCAAGUAAAAGUAAAAGUAUCACCUGAAAAAAUAAAGUAAAAAUGUACUGAAAGAGUAAAAAGUAAAAGUAUUUUGUGCAGGUUUAAAGUUUCAAAUGUGGUGAUUUUGAGCUGAAUUUUUAACAGAAACAAUUAAAUCUAUGUUUUUUUCUACUUGUUUUUAUUUGUAUAUUUUGAUU